AUGCUAUUCAAACAGCAGGCGUUGCUGAGACAGAAGCUCUUUGUACUAGGCAGUCUUGCUGUUGGAAGUCUCCUAUAUCUAGUCGCCAGAGUUGGGAGCUUGGAUAGGCUACCUCCAAUUUGCUCAAAUGAUGGUCGGUUUGGAACACACAGUCAGGAUGCAAUCACUCUUCGAGCUAUGCAGUUUAAGAGAGGUCUCCUACACGAAUUUCGCAAAGGCAACGCCACUAAAGAGCAAAUCCUACUGCACAAUUUGGUUCAGCAGCUACCAAAGGCUAUUAUCAUUGGUGUGAGAAAAGGUGGCACCAGAGCGUUGCUGGAAAUGCUAAAUCUACAUCCUGCUGUGGUCAAGGCAUCCCAAGAAAUCCAUUUUUUUGAUAAUGAUGAGAACUAUGCUAAAGGAAUUGAGUGGUAUAGAAAAAAAAUGCCCUUUUCCCACCCCCACCAAAUUACUAUUGAGAAAAGUCCUGCCUAUUUCAUAACAGAUGAAGUCCCUGAAAGGAUUUACAAAAUGAAUUCCUCUAUUAAAUUACUUAUUAUUGUGAGGGAACCCACAACGAGAGCUAUUUCUGACUACACACAAGUUCUGGAAGGAAAAGAAAGGAAAAAUAAGACCUACUACAAAUUUGAAAAAAUGGCUAUGGAUUCUAACACUUGUGAGGUAAACACAAAAUAUAAAGCAGUGAGGACCAGUAUUUACACCAAGCAUUUAGAGAGAUGGUUGAAAUACUUUCCUAUUGAGCAGUUUCACAUUGUGGAUGGAGACCGACUGAUCACAGAACCACUUCCAGAAUUGCAACUGGUAGAAAAGUUUCUUAACCUUCCACCCAGGAUCAGUCAAUACAACCUGUACUUUAAUGCUACCAGAGGGUUUUACUGCUUGAGAUUUAACAUAGUCUUUAACAAGUGCCUGGCGGGUAGCAAGGGGCGCAUUCAUCCUGAGGUUGACCCCUCUGUUAUUACCAAACUGCGCAAAUUCUUUCAUCCUUUUAAUCAGAAAUUUUAUCAAAUCACUGGAAGGACAUUUAACUGGCCCUAA